UCUGGAGCAAUGCCCUUUUGUCCUUUGCAAUUAGUCGCCUCAACAAAAGAACAGCAGAGCGAUUUACUGAGUCCCCAAAGAGGACUGUUUGUUAUUACAUUUUUGUGCUGAAGUGGAUUCAGGCUAUAAUAUGAAAUAGAGAUGAAAUAUUUAACAGCUCUGACAUUGUCUACUAGUGUUAAAUAAUGCAUUUCAGCUAAUUUUGUGGUUUUACCUCUCAUCUCUCAUUCACAACAAUGUCUCUGUGUUACGUUAUUCAAUGUAUUUCUGUUUGCUCUAUGUGCCAUUUGUGUGUCUAUGUCGGUGGUGGGAUGGGUUUCUUUUGUCUCCUCCCCCUUCUCUAGGCCCUGCCUACUGCAUGCAUCACGUUUCAGCUUGCUAGUGGAUGAUCACGUCUUGUCCACGCCUGUUCCAGCCUUGUGCGCUAGGAUUGGUUGGCUGCAUGUUCCGGAAGCGUACUUAAGCCUCGUCAGUCUCCAUCCCAGGGCAGAUCAUUGCCAUUGUGUUGUGCAUAGUGAGAAGUGCUUUUCACCAGUGUAUGACUAUUUCGCCUGUGUAUGACCCUAUGCCUGUUCUGACUUUGUUUAUGCUCUGCCCCCUUACGAUUCGUGUGAUACACUUGUAUAUAUGUAUAUAUUACUUUGUUAAUUAACACACUAAUAGUCACCUCUGUAAAUAGUGCAGGGUUAAGAGUAAUUUGUAGGAAGCCGGCGCCUUUUAUGUUGAUUCUUUUUUUUUCUCCUGGUUUUGGGUUAGCUAGGGAGUGAGGGAAGACGGUGUAUUUUUGUUUUCUUUUCUUGUAGUUUAGUUAGUGUUUUUUGGUAAAGUUAGAGGGAAAUUUUGUUUAUUAUUUUGGCUUGGCCGGCUUCUGAAGAGUGAACCACUAUAUAUAUGUAAAAGGUGCUCUGUCUGGAGAAUAAAACAAAGCAAACGCAAUCUUGGUCUCGCCAACCCUUUUCUUUUUUUAUUUUAUUGUAUGUUGUGGCCUGACCUAGACCGGGCUGUAACACUGUGACUUGUUGCCAUGGUAAAUGUUUCUCAUUUGUUGUCAAGUAAUGCAUUUUUUUUUGUUCUGUCAGGUUUGGGGUGUUCGUCAAAGGGAAAAUCAUGCCAUGGAAGGUCUGAAAGCUACCAUCCAGAGUUUGCAUGGAGUCUAACAUCUGCCGAGGAUGUCUGGGCUGAGGAUCAAGGGUUUAUGGACAUGGCAAGAGGAAGUUCUCAGGGCUGGGAGGAAGGUCGCUUUGUGUUAGUGAACGGCUCGGCUGUGGGCGGACCAUGGGUUCUCAGUCCAUGGCUUCGUUCUAUCUAUCGACCUUGUGGGUUGGAGGUGACUGUGUUUCUGCACCCCAGGCAAAAAGGGCGCUACAAAGUAUGGCUCAUUGAGAGGGACCAACCACCACUGGUUCUUCUGACCACUGAACCCCCCCACAUUACAGGCUGGGCAGUGGUGCACCUCAGCUUGGGAGCUCGGGAAACACCGUUCAGGAUCUCAUCCAGUUACGACCAGCCUGGAGAGCUAGAGACAGCUACCUACAACCCGUUCUUCAUCACCAACUGCACCAUGGAGACCUCUCGAAACGUGACCUUUGAGGGCCGCUACCACUGCAGACAGGGUCAGGAGAUCAGUCUGGAACGCCUGUGUGACUUCACUCCUGAUUGUGCUCAAGGGGACGAUGAAGGAGAGCCAUGCCGUCAGUUUCUUAACGGAAGCUACUGCUCUUUUGAAGAGGACGACUGUGGAUGGCAGAUGGUGUCAAGUAAAAGUUUGUACAAAGGAGUCCAUCUUUCUCUGCCUAAAAGACUUACAAACAGCUGUCCAUCCUCGGGUUCUGUUUUGGCUCUGGAAAGUCAAUCCAAAGGCCAACGGGGGUCAGUAGCUGUGCGGAGUCCACUGUUCCUCUACCCCCUGCGCAACGCCCCAUGCAUGGUACGUUUCCAGGUAUGUGGAAGCCCAAAUGGUCUUCUUUCUCUCUGGAUCAUCGAAAACAGCACAGGACCCGAGAGCCAAAGAAGUCUAUGGAACUCCAGCAGUGAGACCAAACAGGACAAGGGAUGGCAACUCGUCACUUUCCCACUGUUUGGAUUAGUCGACUCGUUCUAUCUCCAGUUCACAGCAGACAUUUCUUCUGGCUCUGAAGUGGCGUUUGCUGUGGAUAACUUCACUCUUACUAUGAACUGUUUCCUUGAAACUAAUGGAGAAUUCCCACCAGUGGUUCCGACAAGUUUUACUCCAAUGCCGUUCAGACCGACUAAUCAUGUGAAGACGACACCAGUAGUGCCUACAAACACCAAGUGGUUAUUCCACACCUGUGGGGCUACAGGGCCAAUUGGUCCUACUCCUUCUCUGUGUAGCAGUUCCUACCGUAAAAGCAAUGUGAAUGUGACCGUGGGGACAAAGGGAGCACUCAAGGGCAUCCAGAUGUGGAGGGUUCCUGAAACUGGAUUAUACAGGAUCACGGCUUAUGGUGCGGCAGGUGGUCGCAGUGUUCUCAACAUGUUCAGAUCACAUGGAGUCUAUAUUGCUGGAGAUUUUAGGCUUCACAAAGAUGAUAUGCUGUACAUCCUGGUGGGACAGCAGGGAGAAGACGCCUGUCCUAGAACUGAGGAGCCUCGGCAGAAGAUCUGUCUUGAGCAGAAAGGCCCUCCAGACAGCAAGAGCAUGUUGAAGGGAGGAGGUGGAGGAGGAGGGGGUGCUACCUACAUCUUUAAAGUGGAGAAGUCAGUUUAUAUUCCUCUGCUAAUUGCUGCUGGAGGUGGGGGUCGAGGUUACAACGGCCAUUCAGAGAGCUCGAUGGAGCUGAUGGACCAUGGUUUCAGUGUUCCUGGUCUUAAUGGCAUGUCAGGAGCAGCAGGUGGAGGUGGAGGUUGGAAUGAUAGCGCACCUGUUUCUCGGGGUGGGAGACCCCUCAAUUUGGGAGGUCAGGGAGGAGCUCCAUGCCAUACAAUGGGCUGGAAGACUAAUGGCGGCUUCGGAGGAGGUGGAGGAGCUUGCACUAGUGGGGGUGGAGGAGGUGGCUAUAGAGGUGGCAGCACUUCAGUAGACAAUGACCCUGAGCAGGAUGGAGAGGACGGAUCCUCCUUUAUGAGCCCAGAUGGAAAGAUAUUCAUGGAUGCACUUAAAGGCAUGGAGGGCGAUGGUGAGGUGAUCAUCAAACCAGUGCAGAACUGCAGUCACUGCGAGUCAGGAGAGUGCUAUGAGACAUUGGAGGGAACAGAGUGUUACUGCGACAAUGAUCUUGUACUUGCCUCAGACAAUGUCUCCUGUAUCAAUUCUACAGUUUCAGAUACAUCGGUGCUCCUUCAGCCCUCUCUCUCUCACCUGGCAUUGGGGCUCUCUGUAGGAACCUCAGCACUCAUUGCAGCUCUGUUGCUAGCAGUGUCUGGAGUGAUGAUCAUGUACAGGCGCAAGCACACUGAGCUGCAGUCCAUUCAGCUGGAGCUUCAGAGUCCAGACUGCAAGCUGAGUAAGCUGAGAGCAUCAACCAUCAUGACUGAUUACAACCCCAACUACUGCUUCGCUGGAAAGACGGCCUCUGUUAAUGACCUUAAGGAAGUACCGCGCCGUAACAUUUCGCUCACAAGGGGUUUGGGUCAUGGAGCCUUUGGAGAGGUCUAUGAGGGUCUGGCUGUAGGAAUACCAGGAGAACCCAGUCCCAUGCAGGUAGCUGUGAAGACACUUCCUGAGGUGUGCUCUGAGCAGGAUGAACUAGACUUUCUGAUGGAAGCACUCAUAAUCAGUAAAUUCAGCCAUCAGAACAUUGUCCGGUGUAUAGGAGUGAGUUUACAGGCUCUUCCUCGAUUCAUUUUGCUGGAGCUGAUGGCUGGAGGAGACCUCAAAACAUUUCUUAGGGAGACUAGACCCAGGCUGGAGCAUCCUUCCAGUCUGACUAUGGUGGACCUUCUGAACAUUGCCAGAGAUAUAGCACGUGGCUGCCAGUACCUAGAAGAGAAUCAGUUCAUUCACAGGGACAUUGCAGCGAGAAACUGCUUACUCACCUGUAAAGGUCCAGGAAGAGUGGCCAAAAUCGGAGACUUCGGCAUGGCCAGAGACAUCUACAGAGCCAGCUACUACAGGAAAGGAGGCCGUGCUAUGCUGCCAGUUAAAUGGAUGCCUCCAGAGGCCUUUAUGGAAGGAAUAUUUACCUCCAAAACUGAUACAUGGUCUUUUGGUGUGCUGCUGUGGGAAAUCUUCUCAAUGGGAUAUAUGCCAUACCCCAGCCGUAGUAAUCAGGAGGUUCUGGAUUUCGUCACUAAUGGAGGCAGGAUGGAUCCUCCAAAAAACUGCCCAGGACCAGUCUAUCGGAUAAUGACGCAGAGCUGGCAACACCAACCUGAAGACAGGCCAAACUUCUCCACUAUCCUCGAGCGGAUUGACUAUUGUUUGCAGGAUCCAGAUGUGGUAAACGUACCUUUACCUGUUGAGUAUGGCCCGAUGCCUGAGGAGGAAGAGCGCGUGCCCAUGCAUCCAGAUGACCCUGCUGCACCCUCUUUACUAACCGCCCCCCAGGGCAUAGAGGAAACAUCAUCUUCCACCACUGAGACCCGCUCAGAGGAGGCCAAGAGAGCUGCUGAGGCUCUCUUGAUGAAUGCUCGCUCAUCUGACAACAAACCUGUACCUGGUACUGCCUCCCAGCUCCACUCCCAUCCGCCAGUGUCCUCGGCAUCUGUGCUGCCGGCCUGCAGCAAGUCCGCCUCUGUUGUCCCUGCUCCCCAGGAUGGAGGCCAUGUCAACCUGGGUUUUGCUCAGGCUCCUACAGGUGAGAAGGAGAACCGUAAUGGAAAGCCCACCAACUUGUGGAAUCCUACAUAUGGUUCAUGGUUUCUCCAGCAACAACAAAAGAGGCAGCAGGCCCAGGCACAGAGGCAGGCAGGAAAUCAAGGCCAUGAGCUCUCUGGCAGGACUGGAAGUAUCGCUGAUGCUCUGGGCCUGCAGCACCAGCACAAGCAACAGCAGAUGCAGAUCCAGCAGCAACAGAAGAUACAGAUCCAGCAGCAGCAACAGCAGAAACUUCAACAGCAACAACAACAGAUCCAGAUCCAGCAGCAGCAAAAAAUACAGCAACAACAACAAAUUCAGAUCCAGCAACAGCAACAGGGGAAGUGCAGGCCUCUCUUGCCCCCUCCUCCCCAACCUGCCCCGGCCCCUCUGUUGCUGGAUUCAGCAGCCCUGCCCCCUGUACCACUCUACAGACUGCGCCGCUUCCCUUGCGGCAACAUUGGCUAUGGCUACCAGGAGCAGGGUCUGCCUUUGGAAUCAAUGUCUGGACCCCAGAAUGCCGUGCCACCUCCUGCCCUCGCCAACCAGCAGAGACCCAUCUCACUAGGCCGGACUGGCACCGCUGAGGACAGCCGUCCCCUGCUGGUGACAAUGGGAACAGUUCAGGACUCCAGACUCCCUAAGAUGGAUGGGCACAAUGCCACAGUGCUUUAACCCUCCAUCUUCUCCUCACUCCUAGACUCUUUUAUUCAGUGCCCGCUUGAAACACUGUGCCAUCCGUCUGUGCCCACCUCAGCUCACGACCACCAGGCAUCCCCCUCCCCUCACCAUGCUUCUGAGCAAGACCAACAUUUGCUUGUCACUACCAGCAAUGUCUGGGAUGAGACUGACUGUUUUAAUAUAUUCAUCUUUAUGAAUUCAUUAGAUGGAGAGAGAACUGGGAGUUUUGUAGAGGUUAAAGGUUAGGAGAUUGUGCUGGAGUCGCUCAUAAGAACUUUACCUGCAAAAUGCCCUUACAUCAUUUAUCACAUUCACAGGGAAAAACAAGUUUGUUGAUGUUUGCUUGCCUGCUUGUUUAUUUAUUCAUUUGUUAAUUUAUUAUUUGGAAGCUGUGUAAAUUAUUAAUGGGUGUGCUUCAUAAGGCAAACCGCUCCACUCAUUUAUGCAUCAUUUUGUUCACUCUUGAAUUUGGUUAGCUUUUAAACUACAGCAGUUUUCAUCUGACUUGAAAUUUAAUGAAAUAAAUUAAUUGUUAAUGGUUUCUGUUUAGCAGAUUGGUUGAUGUUAAAGGCGCCUGGCAUAUAUUAGCAGGAAGGUAAUCAGUUGCCUUGGUAUUUGAAAAGGGAUUAAGUGGUCAGGGAAAAUGUCAUGUCUGUGAAUAAUUUUACUGUUGUAUGAACACUGCGAGGAUUUGUGCGACUCUUGUGAAAGAGGUGUAAAUUUGUGUAUUUAACUCAAAGAGGAAUUGAGGUACUGAUCUCUCUCAUUCCAUCUAUUUUCAGUUAACCUGUGGCUUCUGAAAGAAGCUUUUGUGUAUAUAAGCGCUAUAUCCAUCUUUGCAGAAAAUUUAAUUAUUGCUCUUUGGUCUCUUUGUUUCAGUUCAAUUGAAUUCAAUAAAUGGUUAAUUUUAAAAAUAUUUAACAGGGCCAUACAUCUUUUAAUAAUAAUGUUUUCUACAAACAUUUAGACCUGUUGUCCCAUCUCUGUUUUUUUUUCCUGUCAUUUUGUUGUUUAAAAUGCA